AUGUCCCUCCCUCGGACUCAACCGCCGGGUCAAAACAGAUACCCAUCACAUCCUAAUCCUCCUCUACCCCAUUAUCCUCCUUAUGUAAGGACGGACAUACCUCAACAACCGGUAUUCUCGCCAUCUGAAGAAAUUCGUAUGCAGACAUCACAACAACAACAUGUCGCACAUUCCUUUUCACACUACCCUCCGCCCCCGCUUGAUAAACGUCGUUAUCUUGCCUAUAACGGAACGGAGAUCAAACAUGCUGCUGGAAGGAGGUCUGAAGGUGAUGAUCAGGUGGUCGGAAAGAAGCGUCAUAGAGAAGAAUCAGAAGCAGGUCCAUCUUCAGCUAAGAAAUCCCCAUCAACACCUUCAGGUAGACCUCCUCUCGAUGGUAACAAUCGCCCAAAGGCGGCUUCCAGUCAUAGUGGUGCCGCUGCAGAUUCACCAAAUUCCACCAUGCCAGCUGUUUUGAUAAGGGAAAAGAAACAGAAGGCAUGCGCAAAUUGCAGAAGGGCGAAAUUGAAAUGUAUCGUCGAACCUGGAGAGGCGGAUUGUGUCAGAUGUCGAGCCAGACAAGAGAAAUGUAUUUUUUACCCAAGAACUCAUGACGACGAUUGGCAGCAGAUCGUCACGACGGAUUGCUAUAAUGCUAUUCGGCACGUGUCACAUCUUUCUGCUGCCGUACAUCAUCUUUUACACCACUUGACAGCGAGAAACCUCAUUCCACCAUUCUAUCUUCCCAAUGGUGAACGAUUAGAGAGGUUCGAUCCUCCUGAAAGGGAUAUGGCCCUGUUGCAAGGUUGGGGAGCUGAAAGAAAUCGAGAUCUCGGAGCGGAGGAUAAUCGAAAACGGUCCAAGAGACGAAUGAGUAAGUUGGAAGAUGGAGAAGAUGAUCAAUGGCUAGACGGUGAAUCUCGAAGAGGCGGAGAAAAUGGAAUCAAACAAUCACUCAACACCAAUGGAGGUUCACAGUUCAUGUAUCCUUCCUCGGGAGAAUCGCAUCGUCAUAACAGUAUCUCGGGUGAGCGCUUUCCUCCCAGUGGUUGGGGAACGCCUCAACAAACACCUUCUUUGCCAAAUCGGCAGUCCGCUCCUCUACUUCCUCCUUUCCGCGCUUUGAAUCAUCCCGGGGCCAUACAGCUCACUCCGGCGUCAGAACUGGAUAUCCCUCAACCCUUCCCUUCGGGUCAACUUCCCCCUCCGAACGGGAGUGUCUCUGCGCCCUCGGUACCCCCUUCGGCUCAGAUCCAACAUGUGUCCCUCACCGCACAAGAUGUUUCUCCCGGUUCGAUCGUACAAAAUGUUACGCCCAGUAGCAUGACAUCGUCGUCACCUAUUCGGCAUACUUCAGGAUAUACCGAUAACCCACCACAUCAAGGGUAUUCUUCAAUGACUAUCACCACGGCCCUUCAGCCUCCGCCAAGGGAUGAGACAGGUAACGAAAUCGUACUUGGCUCUGAAGAUCCUCGACCGAAUGUCAUCACCAAGCUCAUCGUUCCGCCUCGUGACGCUUGGACACUUGUGGCGUACUUCCAUGCUAAUAUGUCGCCUCUGUUAUUCGGCUACCAGCUCGAGCUGGGCCAAUUCCCAUAUCUUCCUGAAGGGCCCAGAGUCAUCACUCCGCUUAUCCUUGGCGUCAUGUGUCUGCUCGCUUCCGAGCGGAUACCCAAAUUGUUCCAAUAUCACACCAAUUUAGCAGACGAGGUCAAGGAUCUCCUUCUGAAGUCACCCGCCGAAAGCUGGCAGGAUCUCGCCAGCGCCACUAAGGUCAUCGACGAUAAGGAUGAAGACCAGCUGGAUCCUGAACUGGGUAUAGGUCCGGAGGAGAUUGUGGCGGCCUGUGUACUUGCCACGUGGAUGAGUGAACGACCCGAAGCUGCGACCAUUGCUGCUUCUGCAUUCAAAUGGGCACGUGGAUGGAUCAAGUUGUUGAACGGUUCUCCAAGAUAUACCAUCGCCGCUGCGACAGGUAUUGUUCCGGAAGAACGCAAAGCUUCAAAUCAUGAUAUGGCUCGUAUCUGGCUUCUUUGUUAUAUUGUCGACGGGACAGAAGCUCUGCAACGUAAUGCUCCGCCAUCAGGUCGUGAUCCACUACGAUAUUGUGAAAUUCUCAUACCUGCUGACCCUCGACCUCGAGUGCGAUACGAUCCUCACGACAUUCUCCUCACUCUCCACGCACGCCUCAUCGAUACACUCAGGGAAUGGUAUAUCCGUCGAGCAGACAUUCAUAAUUCCGGUCACGGACCAGAAAGGCAAUAUAGUUUACUGUGUCGAUUGGGUGACUCCACUGCUGCCCAGUUGAACUUGUGGAAAGAAUCUUUAGACCAGAUGGGUCUUGAUGGAAUGUGGACAAGACAAAUACACGUGUUUUACGGAUUCGCCAGAGUACUUGUGAAUGCCAAUGUGGCUCAAUUACCGGAUCGUGACUUGUUAAGGAGGAGAAACCAUUAUGCCAUCGGAGUGGACUCGGCUUUGCUCAUGUUGGAGGGUUGUUUGCAGUGGAAGGCAUAUGAACUUUCACAUUUACCUCCGUUCCAUCUUUACAUGAUCACCGUAGCGUGUUCUUUCUUGGUUGAGUCGGUGAGAGAUACUCAAAAUUGGAGUCGAGAGGGAGAUAUAAUGCCUAUUGAGGGGCGUGAUAUGGUACAUCCUAUUCGCGCACUGAGCGCUUUGCUUUUACAUUCCGACCUUCACCAGGGUCAUGUCGCUAAAGUCACCGCGGCAGCCUUGGCCCGAUAUGCCAAAGAGAUCGAGGCGAUGUGCUGA